CAUUCAAACCGGCGCAGACAUGGCAGGCAAGAAGCUCCAAAACCUAAACCCAAAGCUGCCCCGCGCGGGGCGGCGAAAGCGAAAGGUGCUGCAGUCGUCGCGCCUGAAGUACAGAAUGUGGAUAGUGAGGAACAUAUGGAGGUAGAUGGCGUCGCUGCGCACCCUCAGAACUCAUCAGCGUCUGCCCAGGGCAUAAAUGCGCAGGCGUCGACAUCGCCAGAAGCAACACGAAAACGAAAAGCACCACUUAAGCACGCCACAGACGAGUUCGCCGCCCUCCUCGAGCCUUUUUACUACGGCAAGAGCCUUACCGACCCCAUCAAUACGGCGCGCGACAAGUGGAACCUGCUGCCUGCAUUCCUCAAGACCAAGGGUCUAGUCAAGCAGCAUGUCGACUCGUACAACCACUUUACCGACGUGGAGCUCAAGAAGAUCAUCAAGGCCAACCGCUUCGUGCGCAGCGACUUUGAUCCCAAGUUCCUCCUCGAGUACACCGAUAUCCGCGUCUUGUCGCCGAAUCGGCAGGAAGAAGAUGACCUCGACAACCACCGCAGUACCAUCACCCCGAACGAGUGCCGCUUGCGCGAUAUGACAUAUGCCGCCCCGAUUGUCGUCGACAUUGUGUACACGAGGGGCAACGCCAAGGUCAAGCGGACGGGCAUCAAGAUUGGCAGGAUGCCCAUUAUGCUGAAGAGCAGCAAGUGUGUACUGGCCGGCAAGAAUGAUCGCGAGAUGGCCGUCAUGGAGGAGUGUCCCCUGGAUCCGGGAGGGUACUUCAUUACGCGGGGACAAGAGAAGGUCAUCUUGGUUCAGGAGCAAUUAAACAAGAACCGAGUCAUUGUCGAAAGCGCGAAGGGUAUCAUGCAAGCGAGCGUCACGAGUUCCACGCACGAAAGAAGAACCAAGACGUACGUGAUCCAGAAGAAGGGGCUAAUGUUUCUGCGGCAUAACACCUUGUCUGAGGAGGUUCCGAUCGUCUUCGUGCUGAAGGCCUUGGGGGUACAUUCUGACAAGGAGAUAUUGCUUAUGGUAGCUGGCGAUGAUAGUGCAUACCAGGACAACUUCGCUAUCAACUUUGAGGCAUGCGCAAGAGAAGGGAUACACACGCAAGAGAAGGCACUCGAGUAUAUUGGCCACCGCGUACGCUUGGUAAAGAAGCCACUUGGGACCUCGCGAAUGCGGAACUACCACCUUGAAGCUAUCGAAUGCUUGUCUAAUGUUGUCCUACCUCACGUGCCCGUCGUUGGUACGCAUUACCGACCGAAGGCACUCUACGUUGCUCUCAUGGCACGUAGGGUACUAAUGGCCAUGCAAGAUCCAAAGCUGGUUGACGAUCGCGACUAUGUCGGUAACAAACGACUAGAAUUGUCCGGCCAGAUGUUGUCGCUCCUCUUCGAAGACCACUUUAAGCGCUUUAACCACGACUUCAAGCUGAGCAUCGACAAAGUGCUUAAGAAGCAGAAUCGCGCACAAGAGUUCGAUGCAUUCUCGCACUUCAGCGUACAUAAGAACCACAUCACGAUGGGUAUUGAACGUGCGAUUGCUACGGGAAAUUGGAGCCUAAAGCGUUUCAAGAUGGACAGGGCUGGUGUUACGCACGUUCUGAGCCGACUUAGCUACAUUGCUGCGCUCGGUAUGAUGACGAGGAUCAGCUCCCAGUUUGAAAAGACACGAAAAGUGUCUGGCCCUCGUGCACUACAACCAUCGCAGUUUGGUAUGCUUUGUACGUCCGACACACCUGAAGGUGAAGCUUGUGGUCUCGUCAAGAAUUUGGCUCUUAUGACACAUAUCACGACCGAAGACGAUGAAGAUCCGGUGCGCAAGAUUGUAUUCCUGCUCGGUGCAGAGGAUAUUUGCUCGCAGACAGGCGAAGAAAUACAUGCCGAGGGUGUGUAUAGCGUAUGUUUGAAUGGUACACCGAUUGCUAUCACAGAUACACCGAAGCGGUUUUUGAACAGCUUCCGGAAACUGAGGCGGAUGGGACGCAUUUCCGAGUUCACCAGUAUCCAUAUCAACCAUGACUUCUGCGAAGUACACGUCGCUACGGACGAAGGCCGAAUCUGUCGACCAAUGAUCGUGGUUGAGAACCAGCGUUCCAAGGUCACGGCGCGGUAUUUGAAGGCACUACGCAAGGGAACAAUGGAAUUCGAGGACUUCCUGUCAAGAGGUCUAGUGGAGUACCUGGAUACCAACGAAGAGAACGACACCAAUAUCGCGCUUGGAGAAAAGGACAUCAAUCAACACACUACCCAUCUCGAAAUCGAACCCUUUACCAUCCUUGGCGCUGUCGCCGGUCUCAUCCCGUAUCCACAUCACAACCAGUCACCCCGUAAUACCUACCAAUGCGCUAUGGGUAAACAAGCCAUUGGUGCCAUCGCCUACAACCAGUUCAACAGGAUAGACACAAUUCUCUACCUCAUGGUCUACCCUCAGGAACCCAUGGUCAAAACCCGAACCAUCGAGCUCACACAUUAUGACAAGCUGCCCGCAGGCCAAAAUGCUACCGUGGCCGUCAUGUCCUACUCGGGCUACGAUAUCGAAGAUGCCCUUAUUCUCAACAAAGCGUCAUGUGACCGUGGCUUCGGCCGUUGCCAGGUCCUGAAGAAGCAUGUCACUCCGCUCAAGACGUAUGCGAACGGCACAUCGGAUCGGAUCAAUGCCGGGGCGCUUGAUGUGGAUAAUCCCCAGCAUCAAGCAAUCGGGCUCGAUGGUAUUGCGCAAGUGGGCGCGCGUAUCAAUGCCACCGAUGCGUUCCUGCUGAAGAGCAUACCACAGGAUACCGCAGGCCCAGCGUCGAACGUGUACAAAGACAAGCCUGAAAGGUACAAGCUGCCUGAUUGCAGUUAUGUGGAUAAAGCGUGCAUCACAGAGAACGAAGCGGGAACUACGCUCAUCAAGCUGCUGAUGCGGCAAACCCGGCGUCCAGAACUGGGCGACAAAUUUAGUUCCAGACAUGGACAGAAGGGUACGACUGGUCUUAUCGUGCAACAAGAAGACAUGCCCUUCAAUGACCAAGGUAUUUGCCCGGACAUUAUCAUGAACCCACACGGUUUCCCCAGUCGUAUGACGGUGGGCAAAAUGAUGGAACUCCUCAGUGGGAAAGCAGGCGUACUCAACGGUACACUGGAAUACGGCACUGCAUUCGGCGGCAGUCGCGUCGAAGACAUGUCGCAGAUUCUCGUGGAGAACGGCUUCUCGUACACGGGCAAAGAUUAUCUAACGUCGGGCAUCACGGGCGAAGCGCACCAAUUCUACACCUUCUUCGGCCCAAUCUACUACCAGAAGUUGAAGCAUAUGGUGCAGGAUAAGAUGCAUUCGAGAGCUCGUGGACCACGCGCUAUCCUCACGCGACAACCCACCGAAGGUCGUGCGAGGGACGGAGGUCUACGCCUGGGAGAAAUGGAGCGUGAUUGCUUGAUCGCGUACGGUGCUUCCCAGCUCUUACUGGAGCGUCUCAUGAUUUCCUCUGACGCACAUGAUGUCGAUGUGUGCGAAAAGUGUAAGUUUUGCGCGCAUGAUUUUUUUUUCCCCUGGAGUAUAUUGGGUUGUAGUAGUGGCUAAUUUGUUGUUAUAGGCGGUCAAAUGGGAUACAGUGGCUACUGCAAGCUCUGCGAGAGCGAAAAGGCGGUUCGACGCAUCACGAUGCCCUAUGCGGCGAAGCUGCUCAUCCAGGAGUUGGGCAGUAUGAAUGUCAAGGUCACAAUUGGGUUGGACGAUGAGUUUCCCAGGGAUGCGUAGCGAGUGGAGUUGGCAGGUGGGUUGGGGAGGAAGUUUAAGAGGGUAUGCAUUUUUGGCGUUGGAA